AUGACCGAACCCAUCCUCCUCCUUGGGAUAUCCGGCCCCUCCUCCUCAGGCAAAACGACUCUCUCCCGCCUCCUGCGCGAUGUAUUUCCACCCGACCAACUCACCAUCCUGCACCUAGACGAUUUCUACUUGACCGACGCCGAGAUUCCCUUCCAAAACGGUAUUCAGGACUGGGACUGCAUAGAAUCGCUCAACCUUCCCCACUUACAACAGACCCUCGCCUACAUCAAAGAGCACGGCAACUCACCACCGGAUUUCGUGUCCAAGGAAGACCGGAAUAGCGUUGGCGAGCACGGUGUCAGUCAAGACUCGGUGGAGAAGGCGAGGCAGAGGAUACGCAAGGUGAUGGAGGAGAUGGGCUGGAAGAGGAGGAUUUGCGUCGUGGAUGGGUUUUUGCUGUUUAGUGAGGAGAUGAAGGAGGUGAGGGAGCUAUUUGAUGUGAAGAUGUUUAUGAGGACGAGCUAUGCGACUGCAAAGAGGAGGAGGGAGGCGAGAAGUGGAUAUGUGACGCUGGAGGGGUUUUGGGAAGAUCCGCCGGGGUAUGUGGAUAAGGUUGUAUGGCCGAACUAUGUGCAUGAUCACAAGUUCUUGUUCGUUGACGAGGAUGUAGAAGGCGAAUUGCAUGAAGCAGUGUGUAGGAGAGUCGGCGUUGAGGUGAUGCCACGGGAUGCCGAAGAGAACAUGGAGAAAUGCUUAGAGUGGGCAGUGGGCGUACUGGAGAAAGUCAUUAGAGGCGCGCCGGACGAGAGUCUCAAGUUAUGA